AUGAAAGGGAUUAAACUCUUCUUUGUUCUGCUAACAAUUUUUUAUAGUCACGUGAUACGUUACGUGGUUGCUUCGGGCACAUUAGAGGAUCUGACUCGACUUAUGGACGACGUUUUCGCAAACUACAGUAGAGAGAUACGCCCCGCUAAGAAUCUCGAUAAUACCGUAACAGUCAAUACUAGUUUUUUUCUUCUCUUCAUUCUUGAUGUUAAUGAAGUGUCCGGAUCAAUAAGCUUGAGUGGUGGAAUGAACAUGCUGUGGACAGACUAUAGAUUGGAAUGGCGACCCUCUGAUUACGGUGGUAUUAUUGACAUGAUGGUCAAUUCCUCUAAGAUAUGGACGCCAAACAUUUUCCUCAUUUCAUCCUCAGCAGACAUGGAAAAGUUUAGUUUCCAAGAUUUUGAUGCAAGAAUAUUUAGUAGUGGUUUGAUCGUGGCUAGUUCUGGAAAGAUGAUCAAAUCUUCCUGUACGGUGGACAUGACUCGUUUCCCUAGUGACACACAGAGGUGCUCAUUGAUUAUCUUACCCUGGGGAUACAUGUAUACCGAAAUUCAACUUGCAUACAUACAGCCGACUUUCCAAAUGGAGUAUUUCAAUGAGAAUGGCGAGUGGAAUGUUGACAGCACUUCAGUGGAAAGAUAUAAGGGCUUUGGUCAUGCUGUCAAUGCUCUCUCAUUCACCAUAGUUUUAACAAGAAAGUCGACAUACUUUAUUAUAUCGACCACCGUGCCAGUAUAUAUUAUUUGUGUACUGAACCCUUUUGUGUUUCUUCUUCCCGCCUCUUCUGGCGAGAGGAUAUCAUACACCAUCACCAUGUUCUUGGCACUGGCUGUUUAUAUGACGCUCAUUGGAGACAACAUGCCGAAGGUAUCUGAGCCAAUGGCGGGGAUUUCCUACUUUCUCCUGGUUGCAAUGUUGUUUAGCUGUCUGCUGAUAAUACUGACAAUAUUUACUCUCAGCUGCCAUGCAAAGAAGGAUGUAAAACAGUUUCCAAAAUGGUUGAGGCGACUUGUAUUCCGAAUUAAGAAAAGGAAAGGUAAAGAGAAGACGUACCCUAUUAAACCACCUGCUGAGAAUGCAUCUGAACAGAACGUCAACAAUGAAUUGGAAGAAGACAUAAAGAAAGAACACUUUCGAAAUGACUUGACGGAUCCGGAAAAAGGCGAAGUCACAAACUUCAUCGACAAGGCUCUGUUUAUGAUAACGGAGAUUACGGUUGUUGGACUGAUAUUUGGUUUCACACUUGUAUAUUAUAGAUAA